UUUGGCUACCUUUAAGUAGAUGCUGAUGCCAAGCGGAUAGCUACUUUUAUACCUGAUCACUAGAUGGUACUAGUGGCCUUUCUUCCUUGUAUCUCCCUUUGGCGACGCUGGAGCCUUUUAUCUGGCUAACCCAGUACUAUGUCUUCCGCUAUGACUGUCCUGGCCAUGCAGGAACCCCACAAGAGGACGCGCGAGACGGAUGAACAUUGUGAAACACCUGUGCAGGCCACGGUCCUAGAGAUUGAAUCCAAUGCAGCCUUUGUCCCCGUGUAUACAAAGUUCAGUCCUUUACAGAAACGAUUCAUCAUAGUUCUUCUCGCCACUUGUGCCUGGCUAGGGAUAACAUCAACCACCGGAGUACUGGCGGCCGUUCCCGAGAUUGUACUCGAUUUCAAGACAACUGCCAACGCCGUGAGCAUCAGCAAUGCUCUCUAUCUCGUUUUCAUGGGGGUGUUUGCUUGUUUAUGGGGGCCUUUUGCAGAUAUUCUUGGACGCAGAAAGGCAUACUUGUGCAGUAUCACUCUCUUCUUGUGCAUUCUCACUUGGCACUGCCUUGUCACCCAAUAUUGUUUCAUUUUUUGUAUGUCGUGCACUCACUGCAGCUCAGGGAGUAGCGCUAUUGAUCUUGGGAUCAAGCUGCAUCACUGACAUAGACCACCCGACGGAACGUGGAACUGCUCUUGGGUGGUUUCUAGCCGGGUCAAUGAGUGGCUACGCUUUGGGACCUGUUGUAGGUGGUGCUAUCAUCACCUACACAUCUUGGAGAGUCAUUUUCUGGGUGCAGGCUGGCUUGAGUGGAGCAGCAGUCCCAACAACUUAUUUCCUUCUUCGAGAAACUAUUCACAGCACUCGGACGGCAGAAUUGACUGGCCAGGGUAUCAGGAGAGCGGCUCGCCAGACCUGGCAGUGGAUGAAUCCGGCUAUAACGGUCAAAGUUUUUGCAGACCCUAACAUGUUCUUUGUGAUUCUGGCUUCAUCCGCACUUGUAUGGAAUAUGUACUCGACUUUAACGCCUGUACGUUAUGUGCUGAACCAGCGACUGAACCUUACAACUCCGUUGCAGUCGGGGUUGUUGUUCCUCGCUCCGGGGACUGGCUAUAUCAUUGGGCUUCAAAUAGGAGGUCGUUGGGCAGACUACCAAGUCCGGCAUUGGAUGAAAAAGCGUGGAUACCGACGACCCGAGGACCGACUGCGAAGCUGCCUCUUUUUCCUAGGAGGGCUUCUGCCAGGGUCCAUGAUUUUAUAUGGGUGGAUGGUAGAUAGGAGAAUCGGCGGAGUCCCAGUCCUAGUGAUAUCUAUGUUCUUCCAAGUGAUUGCACAAACCGCAUCAUUUGUCGGCCUCAACGCGUACAUUCUGGAUGUUAUGCAGCAUCGCAGCGGCAGGGCUUCCGCUGCGCACUACAUGAUGAGGUUCGUAAUUGCAGGCAUUGGCACAGCUGUUUGUCUGCCACUGAUCCAUUCGAUUGUAGUGGGUUGGACGUCAACUGUUUCCGCAACUUUUGUCACUAUCACGGCUGCUCUCGUCUUUUGGACCAUAAAGUCAGGGGAGGUUUGGCGUAGUCGGAGAGGCUCACUAAACGCGUAAAGGCUUGACUUUGCGAGUGUGACAGUUUUGCAGGGAUCGCUCACAAUCAAAUGGUUGAAACAUUUAGAUGUGGGAGUUGAAAUAAAUAUAACUAUUUCAACUCACAUACCGUAGACAGGUGCCAAUGAUGUUAUAUACAAUCUACUUGGGCAGAGUAACA